GCGAUCACGUGAUCAGAGACGUCAUCAACGAAAUGGCAGCCUCCUGUUUUGUAAAUUAACACAAGGGUCCAAGCUGGAAAAAAAAAAACCCAAAACAAAACAAAACCAAAAACGCUCCAAUUUUUAAGCCGAGACUCACAAUUCCGAGGCGAAACCACCGGACAUGUCUCCAAAGAUCACUGGAGAGCUGCUUAGGCAGCUUCGCCACGCAAUGAGGAAUUGCAAAUACUUCUCUGAGCCCAUACAGGCCUACAUCGUGCCAUCUGGAGAUGCACACCAGAGUGAGUAUAUUGCAAAGUGUGACCGCAGACGCGAAUUUAUCUGUGGAUUCAAUGGCUCUGCAGGUACAGCAAUUGUCACAGAGCAGCAUGCUGCAAUGUGGACUGACGGCCGAUACUUCCUCCAGGCCAGCCAGCAGAUGGACAACAACUGGAUCCUUAUGAAGAUGGGGCUGAAGGAAACACCUUCACAGGAGGACUGGCUGAUCAGCGUCCUGCCAGAGAACUCUAGAGUGGGAGUGGAUCCUUGGAUCAUUGCUGCUGAUCAGUGGAAGAACAUGUCCAAGGCGCUCACCAGUGCAGGCCACUCGCUGGUGGCGGUGCCGGAUAACCUGAUCGAUGCGGUCUGGACCGACCGUCCUGAGAGACCCAGCACACAGCUCCUCACCUUGGGGUUAGAAUAUACUGGUAUUUCCUGGCAAGAAAAGAUCACUGUGCUGCGAGCCAAGAUGACGGAGAGGAAAGUCACCUGGUUUGUUGCCACAGCAUUGGAUGAGAUUGCAUGGCUUUUCAACCUCCGUGGCGCAGACAUCGAGUACAACCCAGUUUUCUUUGCGUAUGCCAUUGUGGGAAGGAACACAAUAAGGCUUUUUGUAGACCUCAAGCGUCUUUCUGACCCUGCAUUAAGAGACCAUCUGCAGCUAGAUUCCCCCAGCAAACCUGAGUUGAGCAUCCAGACUUUCCCAUACGAGUCGGUCUACACUGAGCUCCAGGCUAUCUGUGCUGGGCUCGGCCCCAAGGACAAAGUGUGGAUCUGUGACAAGGCCAGUUGUGCUCUCACACAAGUCAUCCCCAAGGCCCACAGGACUCCGAUUCCUUACACUCCUCUCUGCCUCGCAAAGGCUGUGAAGAAUGGCACUGAGAUUCAAGGCAUGAAAAUGGCCCAUAUCAAAGAUGCAGUUGCUCUUUGUGAACUCUUUGCUUGGUUGGAAAAGGAGAUACCAAAAGGCACAGUGACAGAAAUCUCGGCCGCUGACAAGGCGGAAGAAUUGCGCAGUCAACAGAAAGGCUUUGUUGGCCUCAGUUUCCCCACCAUCUCCAGCGUUGGCCCAAAUGGAGCGAUCAUACAUUACAGACCUCUGCCUGAAACCAACAGGACUCUCACCGUGAAUGAAGUUUACCUGAUUGACUCUGGAGCUCAGUACAUUGAUGGAACCACAGACGUCACACGCACCAUGCACUUUGGGACACCAUCUGCUUUUGAGAAGGAAUGCUAUACUUACGUACUGAAGGGACACAUAGCUGUCAGCGCUGCCAUUUUCCCCAAUGGAACAAAAGGCCACCUCUUGGAUUCGUUUGCCCGUGCAGCCCUGUGGGAGUCAGGACUGGACUAUCUUCACGGCACAGGUCACGGUGUGGGCUGCUUCCUCAACGUCCACGAGGGGCCCUGUGGCAUCAGUUACAAAACCUUCGCUGAUGAACCUCUGGAGGCUGGCAUGAUCGUCAGUGAUGAACCUGGGUACUAUGAAGACGGUUCGUUCGGCGUUCGUCUUGAAAAUGUGGUGCUUGUUGUACCAGUAAAGCCCAAAUACAACUACAGAAACCGGGGUAGUCUGACAUUUGAGCCUCUCACUCUGGUUCCCAUCCAAGUCAAAAUGAUGAACACAGACAUGCUUACUCAGAAGGAGCGGGAUUGGGUGAACGAAUACCACAGGAAGUGUCGGGAGGUGGUUGGUGCUGAGCUGGAGAGGCAGGGCAAGAAGGAGGGCUUGGAGUGGCUGAUCAGAGAGACCCAGCCAAUCGCCUGAAGACCGACUCUCGUGCCAGUCAGUCAUUUUUCCCAGGAGUACAGGAGUGUUUAGUCCUCUGCAGAGAUAAUCCUUUGUAUUUUUAUCAUCUCUCUCUGUGUCUCAUCCUCAGCUUCUUUUAUAAAGCACAUCAUGUCAGCAGUUUUAUUAAAGAUCAUUAAAAAAUAAUGAAUCACUUU